AUGGAGAACUGUUAUGUGCCCAACAACCCAUCUUACGGACAAGAUGCUUGGAAAGCAACUUCCAAUAACCAUGUCUUGAGUCCUACCUCUUGCAAGUCCGUUCUAGGACCAGAUAUUAGUCAUUCGCCCGUAGAUUUCAAUAUGAAUAAUUUCAGUUUUUCUUCCAUCGAUUUAGACCCGAUAGCUAACUUUAUAACAUUUAACAACUGCUCUUCACCAUACAGAGACUAUCCCGUAUUUAAAGAAAAAGGCCACGAUACAUCGGAUGUGAUACUAUCCCUUAAACAUCCUGUUCAUUCCAGUGCAGGACAAUCGCUUUCAUCAGCAACGUCUCAAAUCAGUGGACAAUUAUCUCCUUUAUCUUCUAUUACUCAUUCUCAUUACGGACAAAAUAUGGGUUUAGGCGCAGGAAUAUGUUCGCAGUCAUCGACUCAGAAUCAAGUUCCUUCUAACGUCAGUGGCCUUUCUUAUUCAGCUUAUCCUCAGAUUCAAGUCUCGACCACUGCUCCCAUCAAUAAUCAAGCAGGAAUGUAUUACGGAAAUGAUAUGUCACAACCUGCACCAAGUGCAACCGCACAGCCUCAUCCCACUCAAUCUGUGUUUCCAGCAUCUAUGAGUGUAAACUUAUCCAUGAAUAUGACAAUGGGUGUCCCUAAUUUCAAUGAUCAGUUUAACAGCGCAACAGCUCAAUCGCAGGUGCAAUGGAGCGCUUCCGCUAAUCCACAGACUCAAUAUCCACCUUCGGUCCCAUCUUACGGCCAACCUGUACAGGUAGCAUAUAAUUCACCCUCACCUACUUAUAACCAUUCUUCAGCAGCUGGUACCUAUACCUUUACAGCGGAAUUUAGGCCUGUGGAACCGACUCUUUUACCCCCGUUAGAGAGAGAAUUCGGAAUGUGUAACACCGGCCUCAAACCAUUUCAUCAGACAAAACAACAGGACAUAUUAAGCCAAGCUACAGUUACAGUUAAACCAAAAAUGCAGAAUAUGCAAAGGUCUUAUUCAAAUCAGAUAACAAUCGAAUCUCAAAAUGGCAACUCAAAAUCCAAUUUAUGUAGGAUUUGUGGUAAGACUUACGCUCGUCCGAGUACCUUAAAAACACACAUGAGGACACAUUCCGGUGAAAGACCUUAUAGAUGCUGCACGUGCAAUAAAUCCUUCUCGCAAGCAGCGAAUCUGACAGCUCACAUACGAAUUCACAGUGGUGAGAAACCAUUUAGAUGUCCGGUAUGUGAUAGGAGAUUCUCACAGAGUUCUUCUGUGACGACACAUAUGCGAACUCAUUCUGGAGAAAGACCUUAUCGCUGCUGUAUGUGUAAAAAAGCAUUUUCCGACAGUUCUACUUUAACCAAGCAUUUAAGAAUACAUAGCGGAGAAAAACCAUACCAAUGCAAAUUAUGCCUCUUGAGAUUCUCUCAGUCUGGUAACUUAAACAGACAUAUGAGAGUUCAUGCCAACUCAAAAUCCAAUUUAUGUAGGAUUUGUGGUAAGACUUACGCUCGUCCGAGUACCUUAAAAACACACAUGAGGACACAUUCCGGUGAAAGACCUUAUAGAUGCUGCACGUGCAAUAAAUCCUUCUCGCAAGCAGCGAAUCUGACAGCUCACAUACGAAUUCACAGUGGAGAGAAACCAUUUAGAUGUCCGGUAUGUGAUAGGAGAUUCUCACAGAGUUCUUCUGUGACGACACAUAUGCGAACUCAUUCUGGAGAAAGACCUUAUCGCUGCUGUAUGUGUAAAAAAGCAUUUUCCGACAGUUCUACUUUAACCAAGCAUUUAAGAAUACAUAGCGGAGAAAAACCAUACCAAUGCAAAUUAUGCCUCUUGAGAUUCUCUCAGUCUGGUAACUUAAACAGACAUAUGAGAGUUCAUGCCAACAGCGCCUGA